AUGAAAAACAUUGAAACUGGGUGCAAAGUGUUGGUAGUUGGUGGUGAUUAUGUGGGAAAGUCAAGCCUUGAAAUUCAAAUAUGUACCGGACAUUUUGUACCAAAUUACCAACACAAUCCAAUGGCAGACAUGUAUUCAACAGUUGAGAUUUUAAAUAAUUACAAGGUCCAUUUAUUUUUUAUUGCACAGCCAUUUAGUCGAGAAGAUUACGAUAUGGAUACGUAUAAAUACGCAAUAGAAAGUCAAUACCCAAAUGCACUCGCGUUUGUUUUUUGUUAUUCAAUAACAUCGAGUGCUUCUUUUGAAGAAGUUAAAGUCAUCAAAGAGAGUGUUUGGAAAAUGAAAAAAAUGAAAAUGUUUGAAACACUUCCCGCAGUGUUAUGUGGAACAAAAUGCGACCUUGAAAAUGAACGAGAAGUGACAACAGAAAACGGUGAGGAACUGGCGAAUGAAUGGGGCAUGCCAUUUUUCGAGUGUUCUGCAAAGCUCAACAUCAAUGUCAAAAAUGUGUCUCAAAGUCUUGCUCAUUUGGUGAUUGUUAAAAAGAACAGCAAUUGGGUCAGAAAGGAAAAAACAAAGGGGUGUUUUCUUGUUUAA